ACAACGACCAGGACCGCGACGAGCUCCAUAGUAUGAGUGACUUCUUGCAACGCGAGAGCGAGCUUCUGGGCGAGGAGUUUGGUACGCCCACCGGCGGGACUUACGCGACUGCCACUGGCGAUGACCUCGACUUGGACCGCGCCGCGUCUGCCUUCCCCGAGAUCUCGCUAGACGGCUCCGGCGACAUCUCCCUGCCCUCCGCACCACCUGUGGCACCUCCAUUGAGCUCGACCGCGAGCUUUGCCUCUUUCUCCGACUUCAGCAGCCCUCCUCCGCGGGAUGUGAAGGUCACGGGUGAUGACGAGAUCGAGAAGUUCGAGAAUGAGUUCCCUGACAUUGAGGUCCCUUCGCAAGUGCUCUCGCCACCUCUGCAGCAGCAGUCUGCGUUUGGAACUACCCCUACCUUCGCGCCGCAACCCGCGUACUCGUCCACGCCUAUUCUUAACCAAGCCAUAGAGGAAGAUGAGCCUCAAGUCAUCAAGGAUUGGCGGGAAAAGCAGGCCGAGGAGAUCAAGGCCCGGGAUGAGGCGUCAAGAGCCAAGCGGCAAGAGACUAUUGGGAAGGCGGAGCACGCCAUUGACCAAUUCUACGAGGAGUAUGCGGCGAAGAAGGAGCGGAACAUCCGGGAGAACAAGGAUCUUGAGGAAGAGUUCCUCGCCACCCUGAACGCCUCGCUCUCGCAGGGCACGACAUGGGAGCGCAUCUGCGAGGUCAUCGAGUUGCAGAACUCUCAGAGCAAAACCAUUGCGCGGACGGGCCCGGGCGCAACUGACUUGACCCGCUUCAAGGAGGUUCUGCUCCGCCUCAAACGCGAGGGGACUUCCGCACCAGGCGCGGCGGGAUACUAAGCUGAUGCUUAGUCGGGGCAGUAGUACAGUACGUUGGAUUCGAUUCGGUACAUUACAUAUAUCCAUUUGUUGCGGACAUUCUUCCCUCAUUCUUACGCACAACUGCGAUUCUCCUGGUCGACUGAAAGAGGUGUGUAAAAUCUACCGAGUCUCUCGCAACAUGACGUAGUAUCACAG